GUCGGGCUCGCUCGGGAAAGCGACGCAAUCGCCGUGCCGAUCAGUUCUAUGUUCACCUCGUGGCCAGAUACCAGUGAUUGCACAAGAUGGACCUGGCACGCGAUGUUAUGAUCAGGAAGGUGACUCAUUUGAGUUUCAUGCCCAAUGUCUUGUCGGUGCUGUUUUCACUCAGAUAUUCUCAUACAUGCACGGUCUAGGGCGUCAAUACGGGUGUGUUCGGACAGGGGAGGCAUAUGUCUUUCUACGUAUUCCAGCAGAUCCCACAAUACUUCAGUUUUCCUUGUGUGUCCCAAAUCAGGACAUGCAGGCAGACUAUGAGAGCCGUCUCCGCCGCACUGCCAUGGGUCAGAUGCUCGCGUUUACCCUUCAAGCACUGGCUGCCGAAUCUCCGUCUCAAGAGUGGCAUGACACAGCGGACGAACAGCUUUCAACUUGGAAUGUUGAAUACCUGGACGUCUUGCGCAAUAUCCCUGAAACAAUUCGCAAGUCACCGCCGUCCUCGAAUUAUCGGUCUUCUCACUGGAAACGAAAACCAAAGACACACGAUAUCCGUUCCGGUGCUUGAAAGUGUAGGCAGUUCCUCGAAUAGUAUUUGGCCACCUUUAUUGGAUCUGAUUUCAAAGCUGAAAUAGC